AUGUAUGCAGAAUUAUUAAAUUUUUGUAACAAACAAAUACUAUAUAAUAAUAAGUUAAUUUGGAAUUCAGCUACUUAUCUUAACCCUUCAACUUGGUGGUCUUCUUGGCCUUCAUCUGAGCUUCAAAAACUUGCAAUUUGUAUCUUGUUAAUUCCAACUUCAUCAAAAU